CCCUUUUCUUUUUCAUCUUCCAUAGCAACUUGCCCUUUGAGAGAAGUCUUGGAACUUCUAUUUGUAUCCAGCGAGUAGAGAAAAAUACAGAACUCCUAUCGCCAUUGUUAACAAGAGCCUCGACCUUUCCUGCGUUCUACCAAUUUUCCCCUCUAUCACUCGUUUCCCUUCUAUCACUCAUUUGGAACAUUCAAGAAAUUGAUGAAUCAGAACACUAAUUUUCAUAAUAACCAAGAAUUCAAGGAAGAAGAGUAUUCAUGGUUGACAUGAAUAAGUUAAAUGGGGCUCAAUGAUGACAUAUAUAGAAGAUACUUUCGAAUUUAUCAGAUAAAGCAUAAAGCACGAUUCCGAGCAUGCUACAAAGUUUGAAAUCAAGAAAGUUCUCAACUUGUUUUCAAAAAUUUUUUUUUUUACUUCGGAUUUGCACUUGGACUUUUUGCUAAAACAUGUAUAGGGUUUAGAAGCGAGGGGCAUGGAAGAAGAGCAUGAUCAAUUUUUGAUUUGUACAUUCACUGAACCCACAUAAGCCGAAUGAAACCAGGUUCACAAAAGAGUUUGAAAGGAGUUGGAAAUAGAAUUGCAGAGAGUCUAGGAACUAAUCAAGGUACUCAUAUGACCUAGUCGUAAACCAUAUCCCAAGGUUAGCAGUGGUUGAAUUGGAGUUUCAUCACCCUGGCUAUGUAAAGAAGGCUGAGAAGUCAUGGAAAUUGAUUGCAAACGCACUUCAAUCUGUUCUGGGUUGUAAUGUGGAGAUGCGGAUCAAUCUUAUGCACUGUGUUCCUGCGACAAAGUAUACCAAAAAGAAGAUAUCCUUCAGCUUGUUCAGCUGUUCCCGCAAAUUGCACCAUGAGUCAACCACUGAAAACAGAAGUGAACCAUCAUGUCAUUCUGAUUCCACCUCUGAAAAGGCAAACGUAAGGGACAAAUAUGUUGAGACUUGUUCCCCCUAUUGUGGGUCCCAAUUCUCGAAUAACUGCUGUCAGAAAAAAGAAGCGAUGAUACGGAACAAUGAAGGAAAUGCACUAAGCAUUGGAAUGACAGGCAAUUGCAAAUGCAAAGCUAUAUCUGCUCAAGAGGAGGAGAAACAGCCUGACUGUUUAUUCAGAUCCCUGAAGCUCCAUAAAAAGAUGCAGUCAUCAGAGACUUCUCAGAGUACCUGUUUGAGGUUCCAACCAGACAGUAAUCUUGAAUUGUCUAUUCCCAGAAGGUCUUCAAUUGAUACAUAUUGCUGUACCAAUAGUUGUCAAAUGAAUUGCUCCAGAGAUGAGAAUGGAUUGGGGGAACCCUGUGAACGGUGUUCAUAUUCCUUGAGCUUAUUUUGACUACAUGGUGUACAGAGUAGAGUCAUUGACCAACAGGGCUUUGCCACAAUCGGCAUCCAAGUGUAGGAUUGUAAAUGAGGCAAAUUGAGCAAAUUAGUGGGUUAUCCAAGUUUCUCAAACGAGCUUCCUUCUAGCCGAGCUCAAGUAGCUUGGUUCUCUUAUGCAAUAUGAGCUUAUCAAGCCGAAUUUUAGAAAAGCAAGAAGCCUCAAAAUGUGUUCCAGAUAGGUUUGUUUGAUGCACAAACUAUUAAGUCAUGCUCGCAUAACUUGGUUCGGUUUACAGCUGUGUGGAAAAGUCGUACAUUGUAUAACAAGAGACCUAUGGGUUAGUUGUGGUAAUUCAAUUGAACGUUGUGGAAACUUGCAAUUGGUAAUGGUCCUAAUGGAAUCGUAUACCUUCUUAGCUUGCUUACAUUUCAAACCUCAUUUCCUUGUCUUUAUGGACUCCGUGUUUCAAUUCACUGAAUGUUACUAAUAAAAUGUGUGCUGGCUGUGUUGCUGGUAUGUGUAACUGUGCUUUUUGCUGAUAAUUGACCUUAUAAUAGAACCUUCUCUAUUUAAGCUCCAUUGAAAUGUUAGAAAAUGCAUCUUGUUGCAGGCUUGGCAACUUUGGUAUCAACAACAAUGAGCUCACUCGCUGAAGUGUGUUUUACCUUGUGUGGCUACCGGGUAAUUUUUCAGUACAGCAAAGGUACUUCAAAGAUUAACAUUCUCUUGCACAUUAAGACUUGAGCAUUAUGUUCUGAAGGUCUUCUCUUAACUUCUGUUACUAUAACCUGUAUAUAGUUAACAGUGAUGACAGACCCGACAGUUUUAUGAGACUUGUUGCCUUGAGCAUCAGAAAAUGUGUUGCCUUAAGCAUCAUGACUUGCUUGCUUAAUUCUACUUAUUUGGUGGUGCAAUUAAAAACCGGAAUCUUCCCAUGCGCAAAUGAUGGUCACUCUUCUGCAAUAAGAAGCCCUCCAUCGAAAAUUAUGCAGGGCAAGCUCUCGGAGGAAUCGUAGUGCAUGAUACGAAAAACAUCAAAUUUUGGAAUUUGAGCUUUUAAAUUUUUUGUCAAAAAUCUUCAACAGAUUUUAGGAUUCUAAGGAUUACUGAAACUUGGAAAGCCGUCUGAAAUUUAAUUGUUGGGAACUUGAGUUUGUAUAUUGUUAGUAAUAUGAAAGUUGAUUUCCAACCUUUGGCUUCAAA